UUGUGGACUCUGUUUGGACUGGCCCUGGAUACUGUCUUGGUGCUGCCCUCAACUGUAUUAGUGCUAAGAACUCUCUUGCCUGGUGAGAACAGGACAUAGGCAGCCCAACAGCUCAUACCAUUAAAAAGUUCUUCCUAAUAUUUAGUCAAAAUCCCCUUUCUUGUAAUUUGAACCCAUUAGUUUGGGUCCUACCCUCUGGAGCAAUUUGCUGCAUCAUCUAUGUGAUCCUGACCCUGCAUUUUAAAGCAGCUGAGCUGAAGAGCAUUGGAAGAAUACACUUUUUCUGAAUGUGCAGAUAUGCUCUAACAGUCAUCAUUAGCACAUAUCUGGAAAUAGCUUCUACGGAAACUUUAUUGCACAAUUGUCUUGAACUAGAAUCUUCAAAGCACAGGGAUUUCCCAUUCAGGCUUCACUUUCAGAAGCAGAUUUUGUAAUUUUGUUUAAUUUGCUUUAUUUAUAUCCUGCCUUUCAACAAGUGCCCUGAAGAUGACUUGCAAACAAAUCUGUAUUCCACAGUAAUUAAGUGAAGCCUUAUGAAAAAAUGAAUAUGAAACAACUCAAAGAAGCUGAAGAUGAAUUUGAUGAGGAAGAUAUGAAAGCUGUUGAAAUGUAUAGGAAACAACGUCUAGAAGAAUUGAAAUCUCUACAGAAAGGACAAAGAUAUGGAGAACUCAGAGAAAUUUCUGGUGAACAGUAUGUGAAAGAAGUUACAAAUGCACAAAAAGAUGUCUGGGUUGUCAUCCAUCUUUACAGACCAAGCAUUCCAUUGUGUGUGUUAAUUAACCGACACCUCAGCCUACUGGCCACAAAAUUUCCAGAAACCAAGUUUGUGAAAGCCAUUGCAAACAGCUGCAUUGAAAAUUACCAUGACAGUUGCUUACCUACAUUAUUUGUGUAUGAAAAUGGAGAGAUCAAAGGCAAGUUAAUUGGAAUCAGAGAAUGUGGAGGAACAAAGCUUACAGUAGAAGAACUUGAAUGGAAGCUGGCAGAGAUUGGUGCUCUGAAAACUGAUUUAGAAGAAAAUCCCAGGAAGGAAGUUGUGGAUAUGAUGACGUCUUCACUUAGAAACGCCUCCAUAAAUGACGACUAGAAUGCUCUAGCAGGACAUGCAAAGAGACAAAUGCUGCUUGUGCAGGAAGAAUUCUUGAAGGAAGUGGUUGACAUUUCUGCAUUUAUGUU